UGAGCAGCUCACCGUGCCACUCGUGUCGCGGGGCGGAAGCAGGCGAGGAGCGCGCACCGUUGACCCAACCAUGCGGGGAACGUGCGGUCUUUUCUGCGCAUGGAGUCUGCUCUUCUUGGCGGAGGUUUGUGCGCAGUCUCAGCGCAGACCAACCUUCACAUGCGGCGGAAACAUUACAGGGGACUCUGGAGUAAUUGGGAGCCAGGGGUACCCCGGAGUUUACCCUCCAAAUGCCAAAUGUCUGUGGAGAAUCACAGUCCCAGAGGGAAAAGUGGUGGUCCUGUCGUUCCGCUCCAUCGACUUGGAGAACGACAACCUGUGCCGCUACGACUAUGUGGACGUUUACAGCGGCCACGCCGGUGGGCAGAGACUGGGCCGCUUCUGUGGGACGUUCAAGCCGGGGGCUCUGGUUUCCAUGGGCAACAAGAUGCUCCUGCAGAUGGUAUCCGACGCCAACACAGCCGGGAGUGGCUUCCUGGCUGUUUUCUCGGCUGCCCACCCACAUGAAAGAGGGGAGCAGUACUGUGGAGGCAAAUUGGACAAGCCCUCCGGGACUUUCAAAACACCCAACUGGCCCGAGAAGGACUAUCCAGCUGGAGUCACCUGCUCCUGGCACAUAGUGGCACCAAAGAACCAGAUUAUUGAAGUCAAGUUUGAGAAGUUUGACGUGGAGAGGGAUAACUACUGCCGCUAUGACCACGUCUCCAUUUUCAACGGGGCAGAAAUCAACGAUGCCAAGAGGAUUGGCAAAUAUUGCGGAGACAGCCCCCCCGCGCCAGUGUUCUCCGACGGGAACCAGCUGCUCAUCCAGUUCCUGUCUGAUCUCAGUCUCACCGCAGACGGCUUCAUUGGACACUACAAGUUCAGACCAAAGCAAUUCUCCAUCACCACAGUACCACCCACCACCACCACACAGCCAGGAACCACCAGGCCCAUACCUCUGAAGUACUCUGUCGCUCUCUGCCAGCAGAAAUGCAAAAGGCGAGGAACGCUCGAGAGCAAUUACUGCUCCAGCAAUUUUGUAAUAACCGGGACAGUCAUCACUGCAGUGACGAGAGAAGGAAGUAUGUACGCCACCGUCUCUAUUCUCAACGUGUAUAAAGAAGGCAGUCUGGCCAUCCAGCAGGCGGGAAAGACCAUGAGCACCAAGAUCAUUAUCCUGUGCAAGAAGUGUCCGUUCAUCAGAAGGGGUGAGUUCCCAGAGUGCCGGUGAAAUUGAAGGGUGUCCCCGAAUAACUUACGGCUCUGAGUUUGCCUCCAUUGCUCAAGUCGAUGAGCGCUUUCCCCAAAGUGCGAGGAGGGCGGCAGAACUCACUGUCCCCAACGACACUGAACACAUGGCCCACGGACCCUGCCGGGUGGAGAUUCUGAUGUUUGGCCUCCCCCCCUGAAUGGUCGUUCCCGCCACUGCAU